GUGGAGUGUUUGUGCAUCGCAUUGAAGAAAAUGGAAACUCCAAUGAAGUACACUUGCAUUCUUGUGUUUCUGGUAAUUCUGGGCAUUUCUGGGUUCAAUAAUGGAGUUGAUGGGGCUGGUGAAUGUGGGAAAUCAUCCCCUGAUAGGGAAGCUUUUAAGCUCGUUCCCUGUGCAAUGGCUGCGCAAGAUGAGAAGGCUCCAGUUUCCGGCCAGUGCUGCCAAGCAGUCAAGAAACUGGCCCAGAACCCCAAAUGCCUAUGUGCUGUUAUGCUGUCUAAUACAGCUAAGAGCUCCGGUGUCAAGCCCGAGAUAGCCAUAACCAUCCCCAAGCGUUGCAACCUUGCUGAUCGUCCUGUGGGUUACCAGUGUGGAGCUUACACACUGCCUUGAAGAGUAAAGAGAGUAAGUUAUGGUGCCUGUGGUUGUAAAGUGGUUACUACUAGCUGUAACCAUGCUUUGAUUUUAUCCUUGUUGCUAGUUUAUCUAGCUUGUUAAAUUGUGUUAUACUUGUUACCCAGGCAUCUGAAUAAUAUCAAAUAAUCUAUUGUCUUUGCUUA